UUAGUAGUUUAAGUUCAUAUAGUACAGUUUGGUUAUUUAAUUAUAAAGUUACCCUGAUAACUAGCAUGUGCGCUCCUGGGCAAGGGAUACAAAUUUUCACGGGGAUCAGUACUUUCGCACGACAGUGGCAUGUAAAUUAUUGAGGUUUAUUUCCACCAUUUUCUCCCUGCUAGCAUCUCCAGUCCACUCAGCUGCUUCACCUGAGUUUGGAAGCAUGCCACAGUCACGUGUUAACACAAAAACCAGAUGUUGGAAACCAGGCUAAAAACAAGCUAGUAUUCAUUCUCUAUGCGGGGAAAUCUGUGGUUAAACUCAAUUAAUAUAUCAUUAUACCGGCCCAUUUCCUCACUAGAACCGUGUAUAAUGGACAUGGGUUUGGGUAAUUUCACCCAAGCUGAUAGAUAAUGACGGUGUGUGUUUAAAAAGCAUGUAGUGACAUUACCUUCAUGUCCUUUGAGGUCAAGUUUUGCUUUGAAAACCGGAAUUAGUUAUUUUGAGUGCAGCGUGGUGUAGCUGAGUGGAGUGUAUUAGUGCUGCUGGUUGGAGUAAAAAAAACAUAAGCAUAUCCACAUGUGCAGAGGGGUGUGCAUUAAAACACUAAACCGCAAGAGAAACGAUAGCGCUUUAUGUUAGAUGAUAGACUUUCUCUAUCGCCCAAACUAUAUAUUUUUUCUUAUCGCCCAGCCCUAAUUGUGAUGUUAGAUAAAUGAAUUUUAACUUGUUAGUUGUUACAGGGAGAGUUGAAGGCUUGGUUCCACAUCAUGGUCUAAAAUAACAUCUGCAUGAUAUGAAACUCUGACCUGGUUUCACAGCUCCCGUCUUUGCAGCACAGUGACUCUGCACCCAGUAAAGCAUAAUGUGUUGUUUGAGGUUACUAUGAAGAUAACUAUCUCUUAAAUAUAUAUUAGACCUUAUGUAUUUGUUGGUACAUGUCUAAUAUUUUAUUUUGUAUUUGUUUUGUUCUUAUUUCUGUUGCAGGCACAGUCACUCACUAUUUGACCACUCUUCAGUUCUUUUCAUCUGUUCUUCAAAAGCAGAGACUCACUGACAGACCACUCAGUUACCAGUUCUGGGGUGACACACCCACCCUGGCCCCCACCCCCAGUGUAUCUAUUACAGCUGAGGAAACGCACCAAACAAUGAUGGUGGUCCAGUUAAGAGUCAUUUUGGAAGAGCACAGAAUUGAAAAGUUAACACUCCCAACAGGAAUUCCUGAUACAGUGGAGGAACUUAUUUCCAUAGUGACUCAAACUUUCCAGUUGCAUGGGGAAUUUGGACUGCUAUACCAAGACAAAGACUUUGACAAUCAAUUUUUCAGCAUCACCUCAACUGCUGACUUGUAUGACAAGGCUACCGUUAAAGUGAUCCUCAAAGAACCAAGAUUUACCCUUGACCUGCACCCAGUAUGUGAACCAGGACCAUCAUCUACAUUAAGCUCUUUGACUUCUGUGAGCACCCAUCCUGCAAGUACUACUGAAAUGGACAUCUCCCCUGCAGAUAAUGAUGCAUCCUCACAAGCGUCCGACUGCACAUCGUCAAGUUCUAGGGACACCAUUAUUCUCCCUGAUUCAUGCCGCCUUUCUGCAUGGCCACUGCCAUUUCAAGUACCAGAGUUUUCUCGAGAUGUAGAACUAAUCCUUGCAGAGGCAAACAUCUCAUAUCAUGCAACUGGAAGACACUUCAUGGAUGCCAGUAUUAAAUCAGCGAUAAUGCAAGACCUUGCAAAAGUAAUUUUUUCGUAUACUGCUUACCCAACAAAUGAGCAGAUCCUCUCAGUUGCAGAAGCCUUGGUUUCCAAGUUUCCUUGUCUUAAGGAGCCAGGAUCAUUUGCAGGCUUAUAUGGCUGGCAGCAACGCAUUAAAAACAAGAUGCACAAUUACCGUGCCAAGCUAAGAUCUCGAAGAUAUUCGUACCCAGAAAUUGAAAUCAACACCUUAAAAAAGAAGCAUCCAGCUGAUGCAGUGCCAUCAAAAAAUGUAAAGAAGCCCAAAAAGGCAGAGGUUAAUUACCUCCCUCCGCACCCUACUGGUGAAAACCAAGAGACACUGGAGAAAGAGAGGCUUGAGUUAAUUUGUGAAAUAACAAAGAAAAACAAUGCAAAGAUAAUUGCAGAUAAAAUGAAUAAAACCUUCUCUAGCCGAAGAGUUGAAGUGGUCAGCCUCAGCCCAUCUGUGGGUGUGUUUAAAGAAAGGUGGCCAGCAUUAUUCACAGAGGCUCAGAUCAAGGAAGAGUUCAGACGUCUCACAACAGUUUCCUUGGAGGAGACAUUCAUGCUGAAGCUUGAUGAGUACACUCCAGGUCUUUUGCAGCUGAUGCAUGCCAAAGGAGGAACUGCUGGUUCCAAGAUGCGCCCUCUGCUGGACACUUUAAAUGACACACAGAGCAUUGAGAAGAAAAGGGAUGCAGUUAUCUGCUGUCUUAUCAGCUACCUUGGUGAAAGACAGGAAGAUCUUUUCCAUGACUGCCAGGAACGUGAGGACUACACAGACAAAACUAUGAAGGUUAUCGUGAUGCACAGUGUCAUGGCUGAGGAGGAUCCAUCAGAUGUGUCGAUUGUGAUUGAGGGAAACCAGGUGAUGGAAGGCUGUGGAAGCCGAACAAAGGCAUGUGUGCUGCUGAUGGGACUCAUAUAUGCCCUCAACCUGGAAUAUCCGAAGCAGCUGAAGAACACAUUUGAAGCUUUUCAAAAACUUUUUUUGGAACUUGACGGGGCAAAACUACUGAAGAAGGUCCACAGCCUCAAAAAUAAACUCAUGCAAUAGACCCAGAUUUCCCCUUUUGCACCAUGAAGAUUUUCCGGUCGGACAUUGCUAAAUGGAGUUGCAAUGGAGUGUAGUUUUUUUUCUUUUUUGUCCCCUGUUCCCUUCUUUGCUCAACACAGACCCACCCGCAUCAACAGACACGGGCACAUAGACACAGAAAUCUAUUUACAGUUGGAUACAACCUCUCAGCCCACUCCAUUGCUCUCUGAUUUCACCAGAUUGGCAGGAAAGGAAAACCAAUAGAAAAUGGCCAGUUUGGCCAAUGCCACCAUGUGUUGCCUGAGGAGUUUUGAUCUCUUUCUCUACCCUCUUUUCCUCCAAAAUUGUUUUAUUCUUAUCCCGAGAGUGAGAGCAAGCAGAAAAACUAAAGAGUGUUGGUGUUCUGUCUUUAUCCAGAUGUUUGAUACAUAAACAACUUUGUAGUUUGUGUGCACUUUUGGCUUUUAAAAUAGAAAAGGGCUCUGAAAGCGUUGUUUGCAGAAGCUACAAACAUUUGAAGCAGUUAGCUUUGGCAGUUUUAAAAUGGGUUUAUUCAUUGAAAUGUUGUUUGAAGCUGUUGUACUGCACUUUAUUUUGUGUUGUUUGAUAAUUUGGUGCAUCAUUGCUGCAUAUAAAAAACAUUUGUUUUAUUAUUGAAUGUACAAAUGCACCUGGAUUGCAGAUUAGGUUGGUCGCUGUAGUGUAAAACUGAAGGAACACAAGUGUUUAGGUACAAGCAAAAUCAUUGGACAUCCCGUAGAGUUUUGCCCAAAUCUUUCUCCUUUCAUUUUUCUCUUUUUUGAUCUCCUCACAAUCGAGCCAGGAUGUCCCAAAACAGCAUUUUAUUGAAACAGAUUUUUUCUUUGAGUUAUAAAACCGGUUCAAUAAAUGUAUGAAGCUGUUGUGCUGCACUUUAUGCUGUUUUUUUUCUGAUUUUGUGGAUUAAAAACAUUGAGAUGACAA